CGUGGGAAGGGAGGGAUCCUGACACAAACAAAUGUCUCUGGUUCCUCUGUUUGGGGCUUCUCACGGGAGACCGUGACAUGUCAGGUGGAUUUGCGUGAGAACUCCGUCACGUUGGAAACAUGUGGCUCAAACCUGAAGAAAUUCUGCUGAAGAACGCCUUCAAACUGUGGGUCACCGAGAAGGAUAACGAGUAUUUCGUACUGCAAAGGCGACGGGGGUACGGAGACGGAGGCGGCGGGCUGACAGGCCUGCUUGUGGGAACUCUGGACACUGUGUUGGACUCGACAUCCAAAGUUGCUCCUUACCGCAUAUUGCACCACACACCAGACUCACAGGUCUACUGGUCCAUAGCAUGUGGGGUCACCAAAGAAGAAAUCGAUCAGCACUGGGAUUGGCUGCAGCAGAACAUCAUGAGGACACUCUCUGUGUUUGACUCCACCGAAGACAUCACCAGCUUCGUACAGGGGAAGAUUAGAGGCCUUAUUGCUGAAGAAGGGAAGACCUCUCUGGUGCUGGAGGACGAUCCAGAGAAAUUCAGAGAAGCCCUUUUGAGGUUUGAGAAGUGGUUCGAGCUGCCGUCCCAGGAAAAGCUGGUCACAUAUUACUCAUGCAGCUACUGGAAAGGCAAAGUCCCCUGCCAGGGCUGGCUCUACCUCAGCACAAACUUUCUGUGCUUUUACUCAUACCUUCUGGGAGCCGAGGUGAAACUGAUCAUCUCCUGGGACGAGAUCUGGAGGCUGGAGAAAACAUCGAAUGUUAUCCUGACUGAGAGCAUCCAUGUUUUGGCUCAUGGGGAGGAUCAUUAUUUCUCCAUGCUGCUGCAUCUAAAUGAGACGUUUGUCAUCAUGGAACAGCUCGCCAACUACUCCAUCAAGCGUCUGUUUGAUAAAGAGGCUUUCCAGGGAGAGCCAGCUCUCUCCGACCCACUUCAGAUUACCAAGAGAGGCCUUGAAGCUCAUGCAAAAAGUGAGCAAUUCCGGGCCUUUUUCAGGCUUCCCAAAGAGGAAAACUUAUUAGAAGUGCACGAGAGCUUCCUGUGGGUGCCAUUCAGUCAUUUUAAUACGCUUGGCAAAAUCUGCCUGUCCGAGAACUACCUUUGUUUUGCCAGUCAGGACGGAAGCCAAUGUCACAUCAUCAUUCCAAUGCGAGAGGUCAUUAAUGUCGAGAAGCCCGAUUCCGGCAGCCGGGCUUUGACGGUAUGCGUGCGCGGCAAGAGAGCGUUGCGUUUCUCCGAGGUGCGGGACUACCAGCGACUUGCCAACACGAUCCGCAGCAGAUGUGGGAUCAGUGCCAGCCCGCAGCACUCGGCUUCAUCAGAGGCCAUACGAGGCGAGUGCCAGUCCCUCAUAAAUCACUUUGAGGACAAUCCGGAGGAUGUGACUCUCAUGGUGGGACAGAAAGACACCAGCAAGGCUGUGAACACCGAGGCCCUCAUGACUGUUUUCCAUCCUCAAGACGUUGAAAACCUCGAUCCCAAAAUGCUGAAAGAGAAGAUGAAGGAGCAGUCUUGGAACAUCCAUUUCUCUGAAUACGGACGUGGGACCAGUAUGUUUUUCACCAAGAAGACACGAGACUUGAUUGUCCGAGGCGUUCCCGAGUCUCUGAGGGGAGAGCUGUGGAUGCUGUUUUCAGGAGCUGUAAACGACAUGGCCACUCACCCCGGCUACUACACUGAGCUGGUGGAGCAGUCUCUGGGCACCAGCACUUUGGCCACAGACGAGAUCGAAAGAGACCUGCACCGCUCUCUCCCAGAACACCCGGCGUUUCAGAGCGACACGGGAAUCUCAGCUCUGCGCAGAGUCCUCACUGCAUACGCCUACAGAAACCCAAAAAUCGGAUACUGCCAGGCCAUGAACAUUCUCACCUCCGUCCUGCUGCUGUACGCCAAGGAAGAGGAGGCGUUCUGGCUGCUGGUGGCUGUCUGUGAGAGGAUGCUGCCGGACUAUUUCAACCGACGAAUUAUUGGCGCUCUGGUGGACCAGGCUGUGUUCGAGGACCUGAUCAGAGAAAGCCUCCCGCAGCUGGUGGAGCACAUGACGGAUCUGAGUUUCUUCUCGUCCGUGUCCCUGUCGUGGUUCCUCACGCUCUUCAUCAGCGUCCUGCCCAUCGAGAGCGCCGUCAACGUGGUCGACUGUUUCUUCUACGACGGCAUAAAAGCCAUUCUGCAGCUCGGCCUCGCCGUGCUGGAUUACAACAUGGAGGCCCUCAUCGCCUGCAACGACGACGCAGAAGCGGUCACCAUCCUCAACAGGUUCUUCGAUAGCGUGACUAACAAAGACAGUCCGUUGCCCCCAACGGUGCAGCAGGCUUCAGUGGGCAACAACGACAAAGCAUCUCACGUCAGUGUGGAUAUCAGUGAGCUGAUCCGAGAAGCCUAUGAGAAAUACGGACAUUUGCGAUCAGAGGAAGUUGAGAGUUCACGGAAGAGAAACAAGCUGUAUGUGAUCCAGACGCUGGAGGACACAACCAAGCAAAACGUGAUCCGGGUUGUGUCCCAAGAUGUCCGAUUUACAACCUCGCAGCUUGACGAGCUUUACAACUUGUUCAAAAGGCAGCAUUUCCUCAGCUGCUACUGGACGAUGAAGAGUCCAGCUCUGCUCCACCAUGACCCCAGCCUGGCGUAUCUGGAGCAAUACCAGCUGGGAUUCCAGCAGUUCAGCGAGCUCUUCUCCCUGCUGGAGCCCUGGGCCUUCUGCGCCUCCAAGAGCACGCUCUCCCUCUGGAUCUUCCGCCUCAUCGACGAGAACCAGGACGGCCUCAUCAACUUUAAGGAGUUCUGCUACGCUCUCGAUACCUUAUACGGAGUAUCUUUCACAAAUAAGCUGAAGUUUCUCUUCAAGCUCCACCUGCCGCCAGCUUUCACAGGUAGUCCUUUGCACAUAAAGGAACAAAGAGUCCAGCAAUUUCUUCCAACAAUUGAAGACUCCUCUCACUUGACCAGACUCGCUGCCUUUGAUCUUCCCGAAGACGGUGUCAUAAGAAAAAGUCCUGAAAGAGGCAGGGGAAAGGUUGACCUUCAGGCCUACCUGAAACAAUGGCAAAAUGAAAUACUUAAAAAGGAGGAAACAAUCAAGGAUCUACCAAGAAUUAAUCAGGCUCAGUUCAUCCAGUUCUCCAAAACCCUCUAUAACAUCUUCCACGGCCACCCGGAGGAGGAGUCCUUGUACCGGGCCGUAGCCCACGUGACCAGCCUCCUCCUGAGGAUGGAGGAGGUUGGCCGGAGGCUGCAGGAGCCAAGCAGCCCGCCCGCCGAGGCCGCGCAGCCUGCCAGCACCGCCGCUUCUGUGGAGGCGUCUUCGACCCAAGAGGCUUCCUUGAAGGAGACCUCGGACGCCUCCAGCUCUCACAGCAGCCAGGAGGGGGCGGCGGAGCAGCCGGAUCCAGAUUGGUCGUUUUCCUUUGAGCAGGUGCUGGCCUCGCUGCUCAACGAGCCGGUCAUCGUCGGCUUCUUUGAGCGGCACGUUCACAUUCAGACGAAACUGGGACAAGCCAGGGUUGCGCAGCUCAAACUGAAGGCCAAUAAGUAAAAAAAAAAAAAAAGAAAAAAAAAAGGGCGCAUAAGGGAAUCAUUACUGUGUUUCUGACUCACGCUACAGGUUUCAUUUCCUUUCUCCGGCCAGAUUGGAAUGUGGAUUUUGACGCUAAUGUGGGUUUAAAAUUCUGCGUACGUUUCGCUGAUUAUCCAGAACAACGGGAUCCGAAAGACACUACAAGAGCUUCACUGACCAACUCACCCGGUGUGUUUUUAAUUUGAACCUAAUCUCCUUAUGCAUUUCACCCCUAUUCUCUCAUGUAGCUGCACUUUCACAAGUCAGAUUUGAGAAACUGAGUCAAACGUGAUAAAUACCUGACAAGUCUAUAAAAUCAAUAGACUAGGAAUCUGUUUCUGAAUGUUUAAAUGUAUAUCAGAUUAGUAUGCACUACUUAGAAUGAAACAACAGUGUCUGAUAGUUUGUCCUUUGACUUGUUAGAUUUGCUCAGAACUUCAGCUUAAUGUAAGAAACACCAGCUUAGUUAAUAGAGGAGUAGAGCAGUAGUGGGUAGAGGACACAUUGUGCUGCUGUUCCUGGAAGCCAUAAACUGAUCAGAGUUUAUCUGACUGGAAAUGACACAUUUUGAGAGCAAAAAAAAAAAAACUUGAGUGAAAAACAUUUGCAAUAACCAAGGCUGGAUUUAGGAUUAUGGGGCAAGAUUUUCUUUCCACAUGCACGUUACAAUAAAUGGCUAGAUAUACAUCAACUCCAGCUUUUAUUUUAUUUAUUUUUUUAAUCUUUGUAACUAUCUUCUAUAAAAAGUUCCUCAUAAGUAUAUUAAAAAAUGUCUUUAUCCACACAAAAAUGUGCUGAAAUGUUAAGAUGCCUGUAUGUGGAGAUUGAACUACACCAAAAAACCCCCCCAAAAAACAAGAACAUAUUUGUUUUAGACACAUUUGGAGGUUUAUAACAAUAAAUUUGAAUAUUACUUUAUCUGUAAGUUCAAAAACUAAAAGCUCCCACGUAGAUUCAUUAAACAUGAAACGAUCAAGCAAUAUUUCUGUUCAUGUAGAUGCGUAUUGUACACGGCUAAUAAAAACCCCAAACUUUGCUUCGCCUUAAGGAAAAAUGUAGUGAAAGAAAUUUUGGUACAGAGGUUUAUUGCCGUGGUCAUGUUGUGAUAUAUAGAGCCAACCAAAGAAGCUGCCUGUUCAGAGUACUACUUCUACACAUAAUGGUGGAAAGUUGAGUGGAAAGAAAAAAUAUUGUGGAAGAAGAUGCAAAGAUUGUAGAGCCAAGUCCAUUAGACAGUUUGGGGGAAAUUUAAAAGCUGUGUGCUAGGAGAUUAAAAAGCCAACACAAACAGACGGAUUAAAAUGAGUUGGAUUAUUUAAUCCACUCUUCCACCAGAAACAUCAGAAUGGUAUAUCAAUUCUGUAAUUCAUGCAAAAGGAGCUCCAGUAUGUAAACCAAAGUAUUGUGUAAACCUGAUUUUCUUUUAUUUUCUUUUUCUUUUUUUCUGAGAAACAGGAUUUGGGAUUUUGUAUUAGCUGUGAGCCAUAAUUCACAAUAGAGGAGAUUUAAAAUCAUUUGGAUAAUCUUUACAGAACCCCCCCCCAACAUUUUAGUGAUAUUGAAAAAUUUCCAUUUAUUAUAUGCAAAAUAUCAAAUCAAAUUUAGACAGCAAAGCCGUGGGGCCCCCAGACUACUGCCCUGGUAAAGCCCUCGCUAAAGACUGGCCCUGGCAAUAACAUGCUGCAGAGGGCGCUGUUGUGCCACACAACCCAGUCAGCUGUUUUGCUUCUUCAGCAGCAAUCAUGGUGAACAUAUCCUACACUGAACGACGUAACUCAGGCUCGUGUUCGACAGGCUUCACUAGAUCAACACAUUUUUCAUUAGUAGGUCAAAUAUUUGCCUGAAAACCAGGCGAUGUCCAGAUUAACCUGCUGUGCGCUGUCUGCGGACCUCAUUGCAGGGGUGUCAAACUCCGGUCCUCAAGGGCCGGUGUCCCGCAACUUGUUUGAGGACUGGAGUUUGACACCUGUGACUCAAUGUAACUUUCUCUCCGUCCGUCUUGGUUUCCUGUAACCGUCGACCCAAUGAGCUCCAGGACUGUUGAACCUUUUGAAAGAUAUUUUUGCUUCAUCGAAUCUCAGGGUGACAUUUGCGUAGACACAUAAAGGGUUAAAAAGGUGAUAUUUUUCAACCUGAGACAUAAAACAGUAUAUCUACAGAAUUAUAUAUUAACGUGUCGUCUGCAGCAUUUACAUAUACAGCAUGUUGUAGCAUAGUUACAGGAUUUGCAAGGCCUCUGCUUUCGCUGCUUGCUACAGGAAGCCAGAUUUUUCAGUGUUUCUGCCUGUUUGUUUUUUGUGUGUGUGUGUCUCUCCUGUUUUUCGUCUUCAUAUUGCUUCUGUCUCAGUGGACAUUUUGCACAGUUGUUAAAGAUUUACAAGCUGUAGAUGUGUUUGUAUCUCGGUGGCAUGGGUCAGUGCAGCUUCAGCUGCAGCUUGUCGUCUCUUGGGGCCAAAUCAACAGAAUUAUAUGACGCUUUAGAGUCUCAGCUUUUCUCCGGAGUAAAUAGUUUUUUGUCUGUUUUUAUGUGCCUCUUAAAUGAAGCUGAAAUGUUGUGCUGGCUGUUUUUAAUAAUUAUUUUGUCGUUGUUGACUGACCAGGACUGAAGGACCAACCCUUUUUGCGUUGUUGUAUUAAUUUUACUUUUACUGUUGAAGUUUACAAACUCAUCUUAAAUUCGCCAUUACUCUUUGGAGUAAAAAAAGUAAUAAAUAUGCCACUGUUUAGAUGUGAAAUGUGUAAGGAAAUAGCAAAAUACAUUAUUGAUGUUAGAUAUGUUAUCCCUUCCUAAUUUAAAAUCUAAUAAUAAAUUAUGGACCUCUCAAAAAGUCCUGAGUAUCAGCAGAAGAGUUUAGUAUCUGUUUAUUAUGACUGAUGGGGAGGAAAAGGAAAAGCUACAUUUGAGCAUGAUUUUACUUUUAUUUACCGUUUGCCUGCAGUCAUGUUUUGCUUUUGACAUCUUUGAAUGCCACAAUUAUUAUGAAAUGCAAACAGCAACUAAUUCUGGAGCAGGAUGUGCAUGAAUUGAGUUUGAGCAUGCGUUGGUCCGUUGCUUUCUCUUUAUUCUUAAAGCACAAGUACUUUGAUUUCAAGAAUCUAUUUAUUUGUCUUUGCAAAUCUAAAGUAUUCACAUUAAGCAUUCCUUUAUGCAAAAUAUUUUUCAAACACCCAUAAAAGUGUCUAUCCUCUUUGCAGAGGGGAAAGCCGAUGCACGGCUCUGAAAACCUCUCGAGUGCUUAUUUUGCGAUACAUGUGAUGCUUGGAUGUUUGUUUGAUUUAUAUGGAUUAGUUUGAUUGGUGCCUAAAUGUAUGAGAAUAAAGAGCAGUGAUUUAA